CAAGAUAUUGAUUUAGCAUUUUACGAUAACUGGGAGGAGCUGAGGACGCUAGCGCAUCUAGAUAUAGAUUGAUUUGCCUCCUAGCACAGCAGCGUCGAGAUGCGCGACCUGCGCUCCACCGAAUCUGGAGAGUGUCCAGAUAAUGGGAACUUCCAAGCAAGUAGUUGCCAGUAUGAUAGACGAAUGGAUCAAUCCGCAAUGCCAGCCGUUGAGAAGAGAAAGCUGGACAAGUAAAGUGAUCGCCUGAGUCGAGUUGGUUUAUCCCAAGUCGGUCCUGGCCUUCUUCUUCAUUCAGAUAAAUGUUCCCAUCUACCCUCUCGGACCCGCGGUGUCGUCACAACUAGGCCAGGGUUUCUCUAUUGACAACAUGCCGCUAAACCUUUUUUCGCCUAGACGCAAGGGGCCCCGUCCAGGGCUUUUGAGAAAGCACACCCAUGCGCCGCCUGCCGCGACUCAAGUACCGGUACUUGACAUGACCUUAGGAAUAUCGACAUGGUCCGCCGGGCUGGCGCUGCACCCGUGGCUGCUUUCUUGCUUCUUGUCCUGCUGCUGCUCUGCUUUCUUGACUGCUACUCCUGUCUUGCUUCGGGUGUCGCUCGCCAAUCGCAAUCGCCCUCCACCAUUUCUCUCUCUUCCAAUUUCGUUGACCUCAUUGCACGGCCACACCACACACCCCCUCUCCCCCUUCAAGCCCUCCCAACCCGUCCAGACGCCCAGCGGAUUGGUAACAAGACGUUAAAUGUAUGACGCCUGCCAGCGGCUCUCCUCCAUUAUUACCCUGCCCACCCAGAGGUACACUUCGUAUGUGACGAACACCGGCCUGGUACAUACGUCCUGCCAUUUCUCCAGCUUCUAGCUCCGGCCCUCGGUCUCCUAGCUUUGCCGGUGUCUCUUCACCUGUCCGUUUUUGAUCUCGUUCAGACGCAUCAUGAGAUCCGCUCACUUCUGGAACCUCUGCAGCUCUAGUGAUCCCGCAUAUAUGACCCCUGACCACUCGUUGCCGUCUACUUCACGAACUCGGCGGUACCUCACACAAGCACCCGAUUUCUUCGACGAUAUCCGUUACAUACAAACAACAGGAACAACCAGGCCUAGGAUACCCCAGAGGCGAACAUACGAGCAGAUCCACGCAAACCUACCAAACACGUCACCCCGCGCCAGCACCGAAGCUGAAGGAGACGACUUCAUGUCCUCCGACCAGCCGCGGGUCGUCGAGAGCAGACCGUCGGCUUUGACGUCCAACCCGGUGCACGAAGCCGAGGACGAAAAGGACCAUGGCAAUGUCGAACACCCGUUGUCGGGCGAACAAGUACGGGACGUCAUUCGCCUGAUUCAAUGUCGGAAAUGCUCCCGUCCCCUUCGAGAUCCCAUUACACUGCCAUGCGGCCGAAGCCUUUGCAGACGCUGCCUCCCCGAGACACAUACCCGAGAACAUAUAUCCUACCCCGCCACGCCAAAUAGGUUACGGGGUUUCGAAUGCCCUUACCAAGAAUGUGGUCGAAGCCAUGCUGUUGGUGACUGUGGCGUCGAUGUCAUUCUCACCAAGGCAGUCAACAACUUCAAGGCUGAAAUGGAAAAGGCGAGAGACACCAUCACAACGGCCGAGAUCUCCACCCAUGUCAUAAUACUGCGCCCGGGCGCCGGACAGAUGGGGAGCGAAGUUGACGAUGAGACGACGUCCAGGAUUGUCAAGGGGGGACCGUUGGUCGCUGUUUAUACUCUGGCCGAGUCGGGUGAGUUGGAUUACAGCUCUAAUGUCACAUUGGCGGAGGUCUCCUCACUCGGGGACGAAGCCGCCACUAUCGACACCAGGACCUUUUCCAAGGUCAAAGAGACGGUGCGGACAGAGAUGGACUGCCAGGUCUGCUACGCCUUGUUCUACGACCCUCUGACGACUGUGUGCGGCCACACCUUUUGUCGGUCUUGCCUUCAUCGGGUCCUGGAUCACUCCUCGUACUGUCCUAUCUGUCGACGGGGCUUGUCGGUCAGCCCCUUACUUUAUCGGGAAUCUUGCCCUUCGAACGAGCACUUGAAGACCAUCAUCCAGACCUUCUGGGCUGAUGCCGUCCUCACCAGAGGUGAUGCCUUGGCCGCUGAGGCGCUGAACAGACAUCGAGAGUUUGACAUUCCCAUCUUUGUCUGCACACUUUCGUUCCCCAUGAUGCCAACAUUCCUUCACGUCUUCGAACCACGUUAUCGUUUGAUGAUCCGCCGCGCUUUGGAAGGCGACAGAACUUUCGGCAUGGUGUUGCCGCAACGGCCCCGGACUGCCAACGACACACAUUUCGUGGAAUACGGGACCUUACUGCGCAUCGUAAACGCCGAGUACUUUGCGGAUGGUAGAAGUCUCAUCGAAACGGUUGGCAUCUCACGGUUUAGAAUUACGAGAAAUGGUAUUCUGGAUGGAUAUCUCGUGGGGAGCAUCGAACGAAUCGACGACAUUUCCAUCGCGGAGGAAGAAGAUUUGGAGGCAACCGAGACACAACAGGCCCUGGAGAGGUAUGAGAGCGCCGCCACACAUCUGAGCGAAGAAUCUACGACGUCACGACCAACCACCCCUGAGGACCUCUCCAAGAUGCCCACGAGUGAGCUACUGUCCUUGGGUGUUUCGUUUGUCACCAGAAUGCAACAACAAAGCGUGCCCUGGCUGGCACAACGUAUGUUGACGAUAUAUGGAGAGUGCCCCAAUGACCCGGCCCUCUUCCCAUGGUGGUUCGCCAGUAUCCUACCCGCCAAGGAAUACGAGAAGUACAAGCUCCUCGAAACAAGGAGCGUCAGAGAGAGACUUAAGAUCUGCUGCGGUUGGAUCCUGGAGUGGGAGUCAAGUACUUGGUCCCUCUCAGAUUGCAGAAUCUUCUGAUGCUGGGGACUAGCUCAGCUGUGGGACUAGGGGUCAUGUGCGGGAGUCCCUGGAACGACACAGCCAGUUGAGGUCGGGGAGGCGGCCGAUAAGGUAACGCUCUUUCUGCGGAAACUCCCUCGAUGUGGGAGUGUGGCGGCAGGGUACACAUAUAUUUGCAUUUGCAUGGCGGUAUUUGGGCAUGCGCAGUGAUUUCUGCGGGACAAUGUUACGAUUUGAUCCGAUACCAAACUUGGCAAUGUAAGUAUACUAGACAGAUAUGUCAGAUGAGAAGUU